UUAUAGUUGUUGUUUCCGCAAAAAAAAAGUAUACCGUUAUGUUCAGCUCAAUGAUCUCUAUCGGCCCCCAUAUUUUUUUAUUUGAGAAUUGGAGCUAUUCUGCAUUUGUUCCCAGUUUUGUAUCCUAGUUUUUUGCAGAUCAUCCAAAACGCUUGUGCAACAGCCUUCAAACUCUUUGUUCUUUGUUCUAUGCAAUAUUCAAAAAGUCAGCAGAUCCUUCGUUUAUUUUUAUGAAUGAAAUAUUUGGCUACGAGCAAAUGGAUAAUAGUAUGAGGCAGUUGAUGAAUAAUUGCAAUCAAAUACUAUUAGGUGAAGCUACAGAAAGCACCAGAUUUAUGUGCCUGAAAUUGCUGCUGGUAAUUGUGACAGGUACUGACAAUGUUAGUCAAAAUGUCCUGUUGGAGUACCUUACAAUGCACACUCUUUUCGAUGCCUUCGUUCAUUUACUUAGCGAUCCUUCGCUACGGGCACAACACGGACAUGAUAUUGUUAUUCUACUGACUAUUUUGGUGAAUUAUAGAAAGCAUGAAACGACCAACCCAUAUGUGGUUCAGUUAUCUAUAUUGGCAGAUGAUAUGGCGCUCAAUGGUUAUGGGCAGAUGAUAUCACAAUCUUUGAUUGACUUUUGUCGGCAAUACAUGCAAAGCUUAUCGAAUGUUCAGUCUUCAUCUUGGUUUUCCUCAUUAUCAAACAUUGUUGGAAAUAUGUUUGUUUCAGACGAAGGAUGUGAACGUGUGCAGCAAAUCAAAGCCAACAAUGGACUUUUAUUAGCCCUAUAUGAAGCUGUCCACCUUAAUCGGAACUUUAUUACUACACUAGCUCACACCCAAGCCGAGUCGAGUGCUCCUCCAUCGCCUAGUAAUACUUUAAGUCUGACACAACCAUUACCUGAUUUGGCAAGUACUCCUAUAAUUGAUAUGACACAGUAUCCGACUAAUUUGCUGGUAGCGGUUUUUCAAUAUUGUUCCAUUGUUAUGCAGGAUAAUAAAAAUGAAUUCAGUGUAGCGAAUCUGAAACUGUGUUUUCUUAUAUUAACGUGCAUUUCAGAGGAUCAGUAUGCGAAUUCAAUGAUGCAUGAUAUCAAUCUGACAUUCAAAGUUAUGUUACAUCGUGUCCAAAUGCGCCAUCGAAAGCUACAUGUUGAUCGUGUUGGAAAAUCACAACCACUAGCGGCUACUUUGCUCGAUUUACUUGUAGAGUUUAUAGUUUCACAUUUAAUGAAAAAGUUCCCCAUGGAGUUGUAUUUACUUUGUGUUGGUAUCAUUCAUCGUGUGUUGUGCUAUCAAAAGCGAUGCAGAGUUCGCUUAAAUUAUCCAUGGAAAGAGUUGUGGUCAGCUUUAAUCGGUUUACUUCGGUUUCUCGUAAACCAGGAGCAAACGUUGGUGAAGAAAUGUAAUAUAUUUUAUUUAUCACUCCAGGUGGUAAAUAUUUUUAACUUAUUUAUAACAUAUGGAGAUACAUUUUUAGCCACAACAAACAGCUAUGAUGAAUUAUACUACGAGUUAAAUAGAGAAGAGAAAGUGUUUUCAGAAAUACACGCAAUGG